GCAAUCAGUGGUGCAGUGAUGGCUGAAUGCAGUGAUUGUAGUGAUUGUUGUUGUGAUCAUAAUUGCCAUCAUUUGAACCAAAUGAACACCAAAUCAAAGCCAAAGCACUCAAACAAUCAAAACAAGUCUUCGGCCAAUAGUUCCCAAAUCAGUGAUAAGAGUAUCAAAAAUGGUUUACUCCUCGAAGAGAUCGUAAACGAGAAGAAACUGAAUUUGAUGACAUCUCCAGUUGUCCUCCAAUUCAUCAGAGAUAACCACAAGAAGAUGAGUGCAAACAAAGGCACCAAUUAGUGUGACAUUGCCUUCAACUCAGCCAC